UAGCCACUAUAAAUAGUCUAAUUUUUAUAGUUUUUUCAUUCUCUCCUUCAAGUAGGUUAAAUUAAUUUCAGGUAAUUAAUGGGCACAUAAUGUCUGUUUUUCAUGAUGAAGUUGAGAUCGAAGAUUUCGAGUAUGAUGAGUCCACCGAAUUAUAUAGCUAUCCGUGUCCGUGUGGAGAUCGAUUUGAAAUUUCGAAGGAGAUGUUAGAAGCAGGUGAAGAUGUUGCUACAUGUCCUAGUUGUUCGCUGAUUGUUCGAGUAAUCUAUGAUCCAGAUAUGUUCAUUAACUUAGAAGUUUUGCCAAGUGUCAAUACGCAGAAAACAGAAAUGAUCAGUGCAUGAGUUAUUGAUAUCAUUGAAUGCAUUGCAAAAUACUGGGACGGAAAUAUUUCAGAUGCAAAUAGGGAUGUAAAGCGAUUUUACAUUUUACAAUUUUCAGGGCUUUGUUUUAAUUUUUCUUUUUUACAUUUAUGAGUCCCUUACAAAAAAAUAAAGUAUGCUGUUAUUAUA